AUGGCUGAUAUCGUGCUCGGAACCGUCGGCGUCAUCCCCGUCAUCGGGGCCGCCAUCGCAACGUACCGACAGCUCGAUUCGCGGCUCAAGGUCUUUAACAACCACUCCGAGGCCCUAGGCCGCAUGGCCAAGAGUCUGGAUCGCAACUACACCAUGUUUCAGCUAGAGUUCUACCAGCUGCUACGGUUCGCCUUCUCUGAUAGGACUAUACAGCGAAUGAAGACGGAUCAAGGCUGUAAGGAGUGGAAGGAGUGCGAGGUGUACGAGGCACGGAUGCGAAGGGGUCUUGGGGGCAGCUACAAAUCCUGCAAGAUCUUGGUGGACGAUAUUGCUGCUGCCCUGAACAGCUUCGCCGAGAAGCUAAACACGUGCGUAACAGGGGAAGAGGAAGAUUCCAACAAGGGAAUCGAGACUAUGACCAAGUUCCUGCUACGUUGCCGAGUGACGCUACUCGCUCCGGCGCUUGAUGGCAUCAACAGCCGGCUCCGCGAGCUUCUUCAGGACCUGACGUCUCUGCGGGAGAAGAUGGAGGCGCUCAGUAGGGCUCAUCCGUCGGGUGGUGCUCUGCGGUUGCUGUCGUGGGUGGUUGCUGAGAGGUUUGAUCGAAGUGCUGAGAAGAGCAGCGAGGGCGCGGCAGCUUGA